AUGCAAAGGACGCGCCAGUGGCGUGACGUCGAAGCCAGGGACUCCACCAAUGGUCAGAACAGUGUAGCUCUGGAGAUCCGUGCCGGCCGGACCGAGCUUACCUGGGAUGAGCGAUGGUAUCUGGAUUUCUAUCGAAAUGUCACGGCGAAACGAUAUUCGCGAUACUUUCAAAACACAUUCUGGGAUGGAUUGGUUCUCCAAAUAUGCGAACAGCACCCUGCGGUCCGGCAUGCCGCGAUUGCGAUAGGUGCACAUUAUUUUCAGCUCGAACAGGUCCAAGGAGACUGCAAACAGAAUCAAGAAUCCUUUCUGACUCUCUACCAUUCUACAAAAGCGAUUACGUACCUCCGAGAAAGUCUCGCCCGGGAAAUUAUACUUCAGGAUAGCCCAAGCAGCAUUCACAAACAAGUGGUCUUGGUAACGUGCGUUAUCCUGACUAUCCUCAGCCUGUUCCAAGGGGAUCUCUCCACCUCUCGCCACCACCUCGUGUCUGGAUAUCGACUUUUCAAAGAAUGGGAUGUCCGGAAAGAUGAAGGGUCUACUGGACUGGCACUGAGGCAGUUAUUUGCCCAAAUUCACGUCCACUGGUCUAUUUCUACCUAUCCCGAACUAUUUGCGGAUAUUACCGAACCUUUUGAUGACAAGUAUCUAGCCGUUCGAUCAAGACUUGGUACUCCUACCUUUACAGGCAUUGAUCAAAUGCAUCUCGUCGAAAGAUUUGUGGUGGUCGUUGGAGAUGUGAUAUUAGAUAUCACUCCUUAUGGAUUUGACAUUGGUCCAGCAAGCUCCAUCCGGCGUGAUGCAGCACUAGCACUAACGAAGCUUCGACUUUGGGGAAGACGCCUGAUGGCAUUUCUCGUCGAAGCAAACAGUCUUGCCCCCGAUGAUUGCGAUGCGCUUAGACUCGUCGAACUAUGGAGUGGGAUCAUCGACAUCAAGCUAGCUGUUGCCACUAGUAAACAGCCAGAUGAGAUGUCAUAUGACGAUUACUUGGGGCGUUUUCAGCAUACUACGAAAAUGGCGCAAGUGCUAGCGGGGUCAGGCUCGAAUGACGUCCCAUUGUCACCAUUUGUCUACAGGUUCUCUGUUCUGCCUUCGCUCUUAUGGUCUGGGGCCAAAUGUCGUGAUUGGCGAGUCCGUCGUGAUAUAUGUUCUAUAUUACAAAAGUGGACAGGAGAUGACUAUUGGGUAUCUGCGACCACUCUGGCUUUGAAAAGACUGAUAUCUAUAGAAUCCCGAGGAGUGAAGGAAAGUGACACCAUUCCUGAAGCUGCUCGGGCUGAGUUUGUCAAUAUGAAUGUGCAAUCUGGGGACUCAAAAGUUGAGCUACGCUAUCGCCGACCUUGGAACACAUCACAUUCGAAGUAUAAUAGUGAUGAAUGGGAAAGCGAUACAAUGUACUACUAG